AAUGGAUCAAAAAUAAAAGGUUUAAUCAUUAAUGAACAAUUAUGUAAAGAAGGAAAUCAACAGAUCAGGAGUGGUGAAUGUAAAAGUUUAUUUGAACAAUGAAUUAUUGCAUUCAAUCUAAUUUCCAACUUCAAAUCAAACCACAUUAAAUUUAGUUAAUCAUUUAAAAGGUUUGUUAAAUUAGCCAUUAGUAGUCGGAUUUUAAACAUUAGAUUAAAACAUACCUUUGGAUUUCUAUUUGACUUAGAAUUAAGAUUUAGGAUUUCUAACCAAUUAGACAAUUUAAUUAAAGCCCUUACAUUCAAUACAGCAAGCUCUGAUAUCAUUGGACUCGUUCUAUUUUUUGUAAUGCAUAGGUGUUGGAGGAUUUUCAAGAGUCUAUUUGGUGAGAUGCAAAUCGAAUGGUUAAUUUAUGGCAUUGAAAAUGAUUUCAAAACAAUUCAUUUAAGAACAUGACAAAUUCUAAAUCAUCUAGAAUGAAAGAAACAUCAUGGUUGCUUUAGCAGAAUAGAGCAACUCACAUCCAUUUCUAUGUAAAUUAUUAAGUGUAUUUGAAACAAAAAGUUGGGUUUGUUUUGCCUUGGAAUACUGUCCAGGAGGUGAGUUGUUUUAACAAUUGAAGAGAGUGAAGAGGAUGGAUGAACAAUAAGCAAAGUUUUAUUUUAGUUAAGUUUGUUUGGCUAUUCAUCAUCUACAUGAAAAUGGUAUUAUCUAUAGGGAUAUCAAACCAGAGAACAUUCUGAUAGAUCAGGAUGGCAAUAUCAAAUUGGCUGACUUUGGUUUAGCCAGACCAAAUAUGAAGGAUGACUUAUUGGCCUUUUCAUUUUGUGGGUCUCCAGAAUACAUGGCACCUGAAAUGCUACUAAAGUCAGGACAUAACUAUUAGAUUGAUCAUUAUUGUUUGGGAGCUCUACUUUAUGAAUUACUAACUGGUUUGCCUCCCUAUUAUUCAAAUAAUCCAGAAUAGAUCUAUAAAAAUAUCCUAUAGCAUGAUUUAACAUUACCAAACAAAAAUUGCAGUGCAGAGUCUAGAGAUCUUAUGUAGAAGUUGUUACAAAAGGAUGUUUUUAAUCGUUUAGGAAAGGAAUAUGGGAUUUAUGAAAUUCUAAAGCAUCCUUGGUUGUAAGAUAAAUCACUUUACAAAAUUCUUAAUAGAUAAUAUGAACCUCCUUUCAAACCAGAUCUCAUGAAGAUGAAUUUUGAUUAAAAUGAAAUUACUAAAGGAGAGAAUAAUUUUUAGAGGGAUCUCUAAAAAUCAUUGAAUUCAGAUAAUGAAAAUGUUUUCACUCCUUUUUUCUCUAAUUUUUACUUUUCUUCAAUAGUUCAAAAGACUUAAGCAAGAUCAGCUUCAAUAACCUAAAUAAAUUCAUCCAAUAUUGAUGAUAAGAUUAACAACCUAUUAAUAAGUAGUAAGGUUAAGAAUGUGUUGCAAACUCACACAGCAUCUUAGCCUAAUAUACAUUGUUAGUUAAAACAAAAAAAAGUGUCUUAGGAAAGAAAUUCAGAUAAUAACAAAGAAAAUAUAAUGAAAAACUUUAGUUCCCUUAUUACUAAGACAUGUAAAAAACAUAAGAAGAAUAAUUAAAGCAUGCCUGAUCAAAGUUGUGGCAUCUCUUCUGAAAUGAGAUCGUUAUCAACUUAGAAAAUAAUAGAGUCACAAAAAGUGCCAUCUACAUUUAAUACAACUCUUUUAAAAUCUUAAUUCACAGAAACUGAUGACGAUUCAAGUGUUAAUAAAACACAUAAAACUCUUUUUGGGGAAACUAAAAGUUUGAAUAAAAACUUCACUAAUUAAUGCACAUUAUUGAGAUUUUUCAAAUAAUGA